UUCUCUUCUAAUCUUUGCCUUCUCUCCCUGAUAACAUCAAAACCUUAGCUUGUUCUAGAAAAUAAAAUGAAGUGACUUUGAAGAGACUAAAGGUCUGAUCAUUAGUGCAGUGUUGAUUUUGUCUUCUUUGUUGAAUGGGCAUUUCUUCUCUCCAAGUUUGUAUGGACACCUCUGAGUGGUUACAGGGCAUGACACAGGAGGAAGCAGGAAUGGAUUCAUCUUCAUCACCUUCUGGUGAUAUAAUUGCAUGCUCAAGGCCUUUGAUGGAGAGGAGACUAAGGCCUCCACAUGACCAAGCUCUCAAGUGCCCUCGCUGUGAUUCAACACACACCAAAUUCUGUUACUACAACAACUACAGUCUUUCCCAACCUAGAUACUUCUGCAAGACUUGUAGGAGGUAUUGGACCAAGGGUGGCUCUUUACGCAAUAUUCCGGUCGGCGGUGGCUGUAGAAAGAACAAGAAGGUGUCUGUCAAUAAGAAGGCAACUGAUAAUAAUCAACCACAUAACCAACACCCCACAACCCCUUCAUCCUCAUCAUCUUCACAUGAUGCCACUGAUCUGCACUUGUCAUUUCCUGAGUUUCAACUUUCACAGUUCACCAAUCUUUGGGGUCACCCAGCUGGGAAUCUUGGGAAUCCUGUUCUAAUGGAUAGCAAAUAUAAUGCUCUGUUAGAAAACCCUCCUAGACCUGCUGUUGAUUUCAUGGAGAGUAAGUUUGAUGCCAUAGUUGGGAACCCUAGAAACCAUGAUUUCAUGGGAAGUAGUGAGUUGGGUCUCUUAGGUGGCCUUGGAGAUCAUGUGGGUCAUGGGUUCACACCUUCUAAUCUCCAUGGUUUAUGUUCUUCAUAUGAGAAUGGGCUUUGCCUAGAUGGGAUCAACAAUGCCAGUGUAGUAGAUACUUGUCAAAGGCUAAUGCUUCCAUUUGAAGCAAAUCAUCAUGAGGAUCCAAAUGCAGUAGAAAUGAAGCCAAACAAACAGCUCUUGUCACUGGAAUGGCAGGAUCAGGGUUGCUCUGAGGUUGGAAAAGAUUCUUUUGGGUAUUUGAACAAUCUUGGAUCAUGGACUGGUAUUAUGAAUGGAUAUGGAUCUUCUGCAACAAACCCAUUAGGUUAAAUUAAUCCAUUUACUUUUCUUACUCUAUUUCCUAGAAGCAUGACUGUUUGAAAGAGACGGCUGUGGAAGGAAAUGUCUCUCACUCAGUCGAUGUUUCUCUGAUGAAUUUUUUUUUUUUUUUUUGCUGAGUUCUAUCAUUAAAUGAUGAGUUGUGUCUUGGAUAAGACAUUCAAAGUUGUACGGUUUUGUUGUAAUACCGAGGAAGAUAUAAUAUAGCUUUGAGAAGAAUGAUGUGUUUGUUGUAUUUCUAGGAAGGAAAAUUCUCUUUGAAUGUUGUGUCGUUUCAUGUGA